AGUUUGUCACUAUUGGCCAAUCUUUGUCAAGCGGAACUAUUUGAAAAUCGUGGCGUGCGCAUCAUAAUGAAUGAACAGCUGGUGUUGUGACUCGCUGUUUAAACGGUGCAUGAGAAAGGUAAAAUGUUGGGACACAUUGAUCCAUCUGAGCUUCAGUGCACUGUGGCAGUGGAGCGCUUGAAUCCUGCGGGUCAAGCCAUCAAACGGCAGCUCAUCCGCAAAGCCUCUGUCACAUUAGGGCGUAAUGAGUUUCAAGAGAUGGUCCUGCGCGUUCACGAUGGCAAAGCUCCUCAAAACUUCAUGCUGCGCGAAUUCCAGCUCUUUACGCGCUUUGCAAAGGACGGUAAAUGUACUGUUAAAUUUAUCCCGGAGAAUACGCAGGUUUUGGUAUCUGAUUGUCCUCCGGAUCGUUUGAAGAUGUUUCUGAAGACGCUCAGCAUCAAACAUCAGGCAUCCCAAGGCAUCAAGCCUAUGAGUGAUAGGGAUAAGCUACGAGCUGGCCUUCCUAGAGCCUUUGAAACCCUAAGUCCACUCCAGCUUAAAGAUGUGCAGAAAGCAAACGAGCUGAGAAGUAAAGUGAAUGCACCAGUCCAACCCAAAGGUCCUUCGGAGAGAACUGUCAAUAAGAUCUUGGGUGAAAGGAAGCAAGUGAAAAGACCCAGACCUGAUUGUGACGUUAGUCCGGUUAAAGCUCUUCACCCCAGUAAGAAGCCUGUACUGGUUCUGCCUGUGGCACAAAAGCUCAGCAAAGAACAAACUGCAGUUCUCAAUGCAGUCUUAAGUGGCAAGAAUGUGUUUUUCACAGGCAGUGCAGGUACAGGAAAGUCCUUCUUGCUCAAAAGGAUUAUAGGCUCUCUGCCUCCAAAAAGCACGUAUGCAACAGCGAGCACUGGUGUUGCGGCUUGUCACAUAGGAGGGACCACGCUGCACAGUUUUGCAGGUAUUGGUUCUGGCUCUGCUCCUCUUGAACAAUGUAUUGAGCUUGCUCAGCGUCCUGGGGUGUUGCAGCACUGGACAUCUUGCAAACAACUUGUUAUUGAUGAGAUUUCAAUGGUGGAAGCAGAGUUCUUUGACAAACUGGAAGCUGUAGCCAGAUCCGUCAGAAGAUCCACUGAGCCAUUUGGAGGGAUUCAACUGAUAGUGUGUGGAGACUUUCUUCAACUUCCACCUGUAGCAAAAGGAAAGGACAAGGCAAACUUUUGUUUUCAGGUACUACUGUCCUCAUUUAAGGCCCAUUCAUGGCGUCAGGUUCACAUGAUCUUGAAAAGUGAAACAGAUGAACUUAGUGUGGCCUUCAAAUUUAAGAUUGAUGGAUAUGACUAUGUUGUCUUUGCAUCAUCUGAAACAAUGAGAUGCUUUGUAUGCGGACAAGAAGGGCACAUACGACGUGCUUGUCCAGAGAGGACUGAUGAUGCUGCUGAGGAUGGUGGUGGGGUAGUUGUGGGAGUGCAGGUACAAGACAAUGCAACAAAUGAUGAAAACUUAACAGAGAAUGUGGCUGAACAGGUGAAAAAUACAGAAGUAGGAGAGACAGAUGGGGGUGGAGGAGAAGAUUUAAGUGUUGAUUCUGGUAAUGUGGUUGAGGCUGCUGAGACAGUUUUAGAAGGAGAAGGAAUGGGUAGUGAAUUGGGGAUUGAAGAGCAGGUUUUUAAGACUCCUUCAGUUAAAAGGAAAAGAGCAAAGUUAAACAUGGAAAGACUUAAGACCAGCAGUGAUAAAUGUGAUGAUGGUGAACAAAGAUUGCCCAAUGUUGCUGAAGACUCAAAGGCACAGCUGGAAAGACCCUUGUCUAUUCAGGAGCUUCAAAUUGCCCUCAAAGAUAUGGAGGGUGGGAAGUCUCCUGGUAUUGACGGACUCCCGGUGGAGUUUUAUAAGGAAUUUUGGUCUGAGCUUGGUGAGGACCUGCUAAGUGUUCUCAAUGAGAGUCUGACAGAAGGCUCUUUGCCUUUGAGUUGUAGAAGAGCAGUAAUUACACUGCUUCCUAAGAAGGGCAAUCUACAGGAAAUCAAGAACUGGCGUCCUGUUAGUUUGUUAUGUUCUGAUAUGAAGAUUUUAUCCAAGGCCUUGGCCAACAGACUGAAGGAUAGUUACAGCAUCAAGUGUCAGCGUAUGCUGAUGAUGUUAUGUCUCUUAAGUAUUUCCUUUGCAGGGACCAUGCGAGUGUUUGAGGCUGUGGAUAGUGACCCUAUGCUGUUUCAGACCAUUGACGCACAAAGUCCAGUGAGUCGGCUGUUACAGCUGAAAGUGGGAGCUCAGGUCAUGCUCACUAAAAACCUGGAUGUCCAGAGGGGUCUAGUGAAUGGAGCCAGAGGAGUAGUGGUUGACUUUCAGCCAGGCAAUCAAGGUCUCCCUCGAGUGCGAUUCCUUUGCGGGGCUGUUGAGGUAAUGAAGAGAGAGCGUUGGAUGUUUAAAGCGUCAGGGGGGCUGUACCUGAGCCGACAGCAGCUGCCACUCAAACUGGCCUGGGCCAUUUCAAUCCACAAGAGUCAGGGCAUGACUCUGGAUUGUGUGGAGAUCUCUUUGGCGCGUGUAUUUGAGAGCGGUCAGGCCUAUGUUGCUCUGUCACGGGCCCGGAGUCUGGAAGGCCUGCGUGUGAUGGACUUUGAUCCUCGAGUAGUGCAGGCCAACCAGGACGUGCUGCUCUUUUAUAAGAGACUGAGGAAAGAGAGGCUUCUCAUGCAGUCUUCAAUGAAUGACUUUGUUGAACAGAGCAAUAAGGAGAAUUCCCGUUGGUGAGGUGGUGAUGUGAAGCUCUCAUUUUCAUAUGCACUGUGUGCAUGAAUGCAUCAGGAACAUGAAGUCAUUUUUAGUUCAGUUAGUGUUUCUUAUUGGGUAAAUUAUGAUACACUGCUUUUCAACCAAGGGAUUAUUUAUUUUUUCUAAAUAUUUCCUAAACCCUGUUUUAUGUAACAAUGUAUUUCUUUUAAUAAAUUUUCUUUGGUUUUAUACAUACAAA